AUGCAUGCUCACCUCCUCACCAAGUUCGCCCGGUCUGUAGCUGCUACGCCCCAAACACGCUCACUCUCCGUGCUGAAGCAUUUCAAGUCUCCGACGCAGCCUCUAACAGCAAGCGACAUUUGGCGGUCUGUGGGUGGCGUCUGUUUUGAUGUCGAUAGCACUGUUUGCAUGGAUGAAGGCAUUGACGUGCUCGCUGAACAUUGCGGCGCUGGGCAGGCAGUGAAGGAGUGGACCUCUAAGGCCAUGAAUGGAAAUGUCAAGUUUGAAGACGCGCUUGCGGCUCGGUUGAAUAUCAUACAGCCGUCGAGACAGGACAUCCAGGAUUGCUUAGAGCAGCACCCACCCAUGUUCACACCGGGCAUAAGAAAGCUCGUUGCGACUUUGAAAAACAAAAAAAUCGAUGUGUUUCUCGUGUCGGGUGGCUUUCGUGUCAUGAUUGAGCCCAUCGCUGAGGAAUUGGAUAUUCCAUUGUCUAACGUCUAUGCCAAUACAAUAUUUUUUGACAAUGAUGGAAAUUACAAUGGCUUUGAUGACACGGAGCUCACGUCUCGUGACGGUGGAAAAGCGCAGGCUAUUGACAUCAUCAAAAGAAUCCAUGGCUUUGAAAAGAUUGCAAUGGUUGGCGAUGGAGUUACAGACCUCCAGGCACGCCCGCCGGCCGACCUGAUUGUCGGCUUUGGAGGCAUCGUCACACGUGAAAUUGUGAAAAAGGAAGCAGAUCUCUUUGUUACGGACUUCGAUCACCUGACAAAGUUGCUGCAUUUCUAA